GUAGCCUACAGACAACAACACCAACGCGACCUCGAUCACGUAUACCUAAAAACCCAAUAUAUUGUACUAUUAUUGUUGUCAAGUUGUUUGUUGUUGUUGUUAUUGCGCCGCUGCUGACUGCUGCCAUUAACAUCGACAUUCAACCGUUCGACAGUCGGCACUCAACAGUCAAAAGGCAACUGCGUUCCAUUUCCUGUUCUUCGCAGUCAUACACGACAUCACUUUCAAAUUUGUCCACGUUGUACAGUCACUGACAACAACAAUUACCCGUAAUUUUUACUGCUGAAUUCAUCGUCUCUUCUUGUUCGCUGUCACCAUGGAAGACGAAAAUAAACUCAAAGGCGGACAUGCCCAAGCAGUCAGAGCCGGAAGCAGGCGCAUCGUGCAACACAAGAACCCUUCCUCGGACAAGAUAUCUGCCGCCGCUUCGGACGAGGCCAAUUCGGUUUUGAAAGUCUCCACUAGCCCGCCCAAGCAGACCGUGGUGCCGGUGCACGCUCACAACGACUACCCGACCCAGGCUGUCCAGAAGACCCACGACAAGCCGACGCCCAGCCACGAGAUGAGACAGCACACGUCCACGAGACCGACCAUCCAUCAGCCGCGCAAAUGAGCGCGACAGCGUCGAAGCGCACACAAGAGACUGGGCUCGGGAGCGUACGCCAUUCGACACGUUCCCGGAUUAUUCUUAUUCUGUUAAAAAUAAUGAAUUAUUACCUCUAUACACAUUCUAAACCCUAACGAUUUUUAUCCUUAAGUUUACUUUUGCAUUUACAUUAUGAUGAAUACUAAUUUUUCAUCGUCUUCUCCUGCUACCUAUGACAUUUCUCGUCCUGUCCAUUCCUUUACAAUAUACUAUUAUUUUAUAUCUACACAUGUAUAUAACAGUUAUAUUAUUUUGGAAUGUUUAUUUGGUGCUGGUCCGGGAAUUAAUUUGGCUACAUUUUGUAAUAACAUUUCAAAUAAUCAAAUCAAGUUUAAUCGAUCGAUUUUAUUUUUAUUAUGAAUAAAGUAUUUUUUUUUGGAA